AUGCCGGAUCAUGCAGUGAUACCGUUGAAAGGUGCCGCACGGUGUUCGUCGAGCACGGAUACGGCCAUUUCAUGCCAGAAGGGACGGCGUGGAACCACCGCUUCUCACAUCUGGUACCGUACGGCAGUAAAUACCACACGUAUCUGGUCGCGCGAGCGGCAGCAUCACUCGUAUGGCGACAUCUUUUUGAAAAAGACCCCUUAA